GCGCUGCGCUCGCGAGAGCCGGGCGGGGCGGCGAUGGCGGCGGCGGCCGGGCAGCGCGAGGAGAACGGGUGCUGCGGCCGCGGCCCGCACGGGGGCGGGGGGAGCCCCGCGGACUCGGACGGGGAGGCGCCCGACUCCCCCUGCGCCCGCGCCCGCCGCAAGCUGGAGACGCUGCUCAACAGGAACAUGCGGAUCUGCAUGACAGACGGACGGACGCUCGUCGGCUGUUUCCUCUGCACCGACCGUGACUGCAACGUUAUCCUGGGCUCUGCGCAGGAGUACCUCAAAGCCAGCGACUCCUUCGCGGCCAGCGAGCCGCGUGUGCUGGGCCUGGCCAUGGUCCCCGGCCACCACAUCGUCUCCAUCGAGGUGGAGCUGGAGAACCUGGGCAGCCCCCAGUACCUGUGAGACGCACCCAGCGCAGGGAUCUGCCCACGGGGCACAGCCGGGCACCGGGGCUGGCAGCCGGGCCUCGCUCUGUGCAUUAAACCUGUGGGGACCCCGUG